CCACCACCAGCUCAUGCCGACGAGAGGCAGCUCAUCGACCGAGAGGCGAGGGAGUUGUGGACGGUGACACGCGUAGAAUUGCUGGAAGCAGGUUGAAUAUACCGACAGGGAUCGAAGAUGGAACAAUGAAAAAUCAGUUAAACCACGCCCUGUUGCAUCCCUCCCAAACCUGCGCUUUGUUUCUUAGGAGAAUUAGACACCGAUGCGGGGAAGCAGAAGUUUUCUAUCCUUGAACUAUUGGGCCCUGAAUGAAACGGAUCGGAGCCACGUGGCGUUAAUAUCGGUGUUGAAGUUUGGUGGUGGAGGAUUCCAUCGUGCUUUUGAUUGUAAGCCCUCUUUCUUCUCCCAUGUUUGAUGGAAAUUAAUGCAUCUAUAACGAAGCAACUGCUGUCUUUGUGGCCAACUGGUCAGUUGAAUUUUGUAUAUUCGUAAAUUUGUCAUUUUCACUUGUGCAAGUGUCAUAGAUCGAUUUUCCAAUAACAUUUUUACUUAUGCCUUUACAAGUUGAAGAGAUAUCACUAUCUGAGAUCUGAAUGUUAUAUAUUUAUUCAAAAGAAAUUUGAGCCUAGUUAGUAUGUUCGAUUUUCCAAGUGUUCUAUGAAAUUUUCGAGCAUAUAUGAUUUUUAUGGAAAGGUAGGCCCAUAUCCUUUUAAAUGAAUGAAACGCACAUUUUAUCAAAUAGUGAAACAAAGAAAACGUAAGUGCAAAGCAGGUCUGUUGUAUGUUAAUUUUCUUGUAAUCAUGUGUCAAAUUUGAUGCAGCAAUUUUUUUUUUCAAAACCCAUGUUGUGAGUGUUCGCUGCUGAUGUAGAAUGCAAAGUGUAUAUCUCAUUUUUUCCUUGUUUAUUAAUGAUGACAUACUUCAAAGAAAUAUUUAGUUGACAUUAGAACUUAAUAAUUUGAAGCACAAAACAUGAAUCAUGUCUGAUGUUUUAAAUUCUUAUAAAUAAUGUUAAACUGAACCCUGAAUUACAUAGAUAAUGACAAAUUUUAUGAAAAAAAAAAUUGCAAGAUCAUAAAAAGAUGGAAAAAAGUCUAUCAGUCUAUGAACAUGGUGGUGACUGUAUGUAAUUGGUAGCAUCAUGCCCUUGAAGUAUAUUCUCUGAUAGUGUUCUAUUGUUUCAUAAUUAGCUUUAACUUCUACAAUUUGCAUUUCUUCAGCAUUUUGUACAACAAGCUUAAUAUCGAGAUUCCCACUAUCUUUCUUCUUGGUUCCAUUGUGAAGUCCGGCAUCCCAGUCUUUUUUUUUUUUUUUUUUCUGAGGAUAUGUUGAUCUACUUCAGAUAAGUGUAAAUGGGUAAAGGCCAAUGCUUGGUGCAACGGUCAAGUACUGGCUGCCAGAUGAAAGUCACGGGUUCAACUUCUAAGGAGGGUUUAACAAUGGAACAGAGUUGAUAUGGUCAUUUUCCAGAUACAUGUUAGACAUGCAAGUUUCAAAAGAAAAACAAAUGAACGGCAGCUGUCUCAUACUGUUGACUCUCCAUCUUAAUUUUGAUGCAAUGGAGACCAGGACUGAAGGAUUCCUCUGACAGGAAGCCAAACUUUGGUUCAUGGAUUUGCUGCUCAUAUAGGGCUCAAUAUAACUGUUCCUUGCAGAGUCUUGUUUGCAGGGAAAUAGGUAACGCGCGUCUCUUUGAUCUACCACUAGCCGUGAUAAACUUGUGGAAUAUUUGUUUUGUUUCUCUCUCGUCUCUGCUGGUUUUUAGUCAGGAUAGCAUUCUUUCCAGGCCACCUAUCUAGCUCAGAACCACCAAACCCAACUGGCAAAUCUUUGUGCUGUUUCUCAUCUCAAUUUGUGUCAGUGAGACUGUGCUACACACUGCUGGAAAAAGGAAAAGUAAAACAAGGUUGGGGCAGAGUGACCAAAAGAGGUGAAAGUUCACAUACCAUCCAUCUGUAACUAGUUUCCUUUUGUGGGCCUUUUCUGUAUGUUCAAUUGUUGUUUACCUAGUUUCCCAGGAAUCUGCUUUUUUUGAACAUUAUGUCCACCCAUGUCUUCUCUUAACCUGAGGUCAUGCCUGUCAUUGUCCCUAGAAAUGGCCACAAGUUAAGCAACAAGCUGGUUCCAUAGCUGGAAUUUAAUGCUUCUAGUUGUGAUGAACAAAAUGCAACUAGUAGGAGAAAUGUUGCUAGAAACUUUGAAAGGAGUUUAUCAAUAUGACAUCCGAGCGUUGCAUGUGGUUCUAGGCUUCUAGCCACUUCAGCCAGCAUUGGCUUUGUCAAUGUACAUAUAUAGUCCAAAAAAGUUAAAAGGAGUGUUUUAAAUGGCAUUGAUUUUAUUCUUUACAACUUUAGAAUUGAAAUCCCGAGGAUUCUUAUCCUAGACUUUCUUUUCUUAAGAUGCUUGUUUAACUAGUGAACCUAAUGGUUCAAACAUCAAUAUUUUUUCGUCUUUGCAUCCCUCACAGAUGAUGUUGGAAGUAUUGCACAAUAGAGGAAAAGGAGCUAAUAUUUUGAAGUUGUGCAUGAGACGAAGAAUAAUUGUAUCUGUGCACUGGGUUGAGCACAUCAUUUUGCAAGAAGAGAGGGCCCGUGGAGGAGGACCGAUCGAGUCUCAUGGUUACCAACGUUUCCUCUCCCAAGCGCCUCCUCACAGAAAGCCACCCGGAUCCAUCUCACCGGAAAAUAUAUUUUCCGGUAGAGAAGCCGGCUGCAACCCCUCUUUCUCAAUUUCUUUUUCCUCUCUCUAUCUCGGUCGCGGGAUGGAGAUCCGGCGAAGGGUGUCGGCGAAACAGCCGGAAGGCAAGGGCUUCGCCACCGCGACCACCAACCAGGUGGGAGGGAAGGGGAAGACGCGGGUGGCAGUCGCCUCCGACGCGCUUCCCCUCCCAGCCAAUGUGACCAACAAGUUCUUUCUCGUCCUCUUCUUCCUCUCCUCAUACUACCUGAUGCGGCGGUGGCGCGAGAAGAUCCGGACCAAUACCCUCCUUCACCUAGUCACCUUCUGGGAGAUUGUGGGCAUCAUUUCCUUCCUCUCGUCAUUCAUCUAUCUCUUUGGCUUUUUCGGCAUCAUUUACGUUCAGCCCUUCGUCUCCAAGUCGUCGGAAGAAUGGGACGACCUUGAGCCGGAGGAGACGUGCUCCAAGGCUGCACCUGCGCGCUGCGCCGCCGCGCCUCCGCCCCCUGCCCAGCCUGCCGACCUCGCCGGUGACCCCGACGAGGAGGUCAUCAUGGGGGUCGUGAAAGGCACCGUCCCGUCUUAUUCCCUGGAGUCGAGGCUCGGGGACUGCAAGCGCGCGGCCGGAGUGCGGCGGAAGGCUCUGGAGAUCGUCUCCGGAAGGUCGGUCGAAGGGUUGCCGCUCGAAGGGUUUGAUUACGGGUCGAUUUUAGGGCAAUGCUGCGAACUACCGAUUGGGUAUGUGCAGAUCCCCGUGGGGAUCGCCGGGCCCUUGCUGAUGAAGGGGAUGGGGGAGGUGUAUGUGCCGAUGGCAACCACCGAGGGAUGCUUGGUCGCAAGCACCAACAGGGGCUGCAAGGCAAUCUAUGCAUCCGGCGGGGUUGACGUGGUGUGCCUGAGGGAUGGAAUGAGCCGGGCACCGGCGGUGAGGCUGCCGUCUGCAAGGCGCGCAGCGGAGCUCAAGUUCUUCCUUGAAAAUCCGAUGAAUUUUGAGACCGUCGCGAUGGUUUUCAAUCGGACAAGUCGCUUUGCGAGGCUGCGGAGUGUCAAGUGCGCCUUGUCUGGGAGGAUCCUUUACAUGAGAUUCAUCUGUGCAACGGGAGAUGCCAUGGGCAUGAACAUGGUUUCUAAGGGAGUCCAGAACGUGCUUGAGUUCCUUAACAACGAUUUCCCUGACAUGGAGGUGAUCAGCAUCUCAGGGAAUUACUGCUCUGACAAGAAGCCAGCUGCAGUCAACUGGAUCGAGGGGCGUGGGAAGUCGGUCGUCUGCGAUGCGAUCAUAAAGGAAGAGGUGGUGAAAUCGGUGCUGAAAACGUCAGUGCCUGCGCUGGUGGAGCUAAACACGAGAAAGAAUUUGGUUGGCUCGGCGAUGGCUGGUGCCAUGGGUGGGUUCAACGCCCAUGCCAGCAACAUAGUAACUGCCGUCUUCAUCGCCACUGGUCAAGACCCAGCGCAGAACGUCGAGAGCUCACAGUGCAUCACCAUGAUGGAAGUUGCUGAUAAUGGAAAGGACCUCUACAUCUCCGUCUCCAUGCCCUGCAUUGAGGUGGGUACGGUUGGUGGUGGUACCCAGUUGGCUUCACAAUCUGCGUGCUUGAACCUUCUUGGAAUUAAGGGCGCUAAUAUGGAGUCACCAGGGGCCAAUGCCACCAAGCUAGCUCUCGUAGUUGCUGGCGCAGUUCUAGCAGGAGAGCUCUCUCUCAUGUCUGCUCUUGCAGCUGGCCAGCUCGUGAAAAGCCACAUGAAGUACAACAGGUCGAGCAAGGACAUCAAGUCGGCGGCUACAUCAUGAAAUCCGGGAGGAAGAGCAGACGCCAACCACUUCAAGAAGGAAGGAGUAAGAAGACGAAAAGCAUAAAAGACGGAAAAGCAAAAAGGGUCGCCGGGAAGAGGAACAGUCUAUAGCCAUCUUCCUUGCGACCGUUUAGAAUACUUGUUCACCUUGUGUAUGUACUUAAUUUGGCAAUGUCCUGCUCCUCUUUCACCUUGUAACAGUAAAUCGGAGUCGGUUUCUUUUUGUUAUUCCCGUGGGAAUCUCUGUAUGAUGGGGACGGCAGCGCUUGAUGUAAUGGACACCCCCCUCCUGGGGAUGCUUCUGUGGCUGCUCCUAGUUUGACUGGUGAUUCCCUUUACUGUAUUUGUUUCCUUGUGAUGGCCGUGUUUGCUGUAUUUGUUUUACUAUCUAGAAGUUUACUUUGAAGUCUUGCGGUCC